UCAGCAGAAGAAUAUUAGACCUCACCUUGGAGAUCAUCUCCCUGCUGAGCGGAGAGGACUACACCAUAGUAAAGAAGUCAUCAGCAGACUGUGUGACUCCCAUCAUCCAGGAGUCAGGAGGGCGGAGCAGGACCCCCAUCAUUGAGCCUCACCCCCUGAUACACGAGCAGAAGAUCCUAGAACUCAUCCAGAAGAUGAUGGAGCUGCUGACUGGAGAGGUUCCUAUAAGGUGUCAGGACGUCACUGUCUAUUUCUCCAUGGAGGAGUGGGAGUAUAUAGAAGGACACAAGGACCUGUACAAGGAGGCCAUGAUGGAGACGCCCCGGCCUGUACCAUCACCAGAUGGAUCCAUUAGGAAACGUCCACCAGGGAGAUGUCCCAGUCCUCUGUACUCCCAGCAUUGUCCAGAGAAUCAUCAGGAGGAAGAUCUCCUGGAUAUUAAGGUUGUGGUUAUAGAUGAAGAGGGGGAGACGGAUUUAAUAGCCAAUCAGCAGUGUGGACAGAUAGAAAGGAAUCCCUCCGAGAGAUGUCCCCGUCCUCUGUAUUCCCAGGGCUGUCCAGAGGAGAAGGUCCCAGAGAACCAUCAGGGGGGCGAUCUGACUAAUAUUAAAGUGGAGGAUGAAGACGAGAGGAUGAUGGGCGAUUCCCCGUGUAUGAGCAGCAUGGCGGCAGAUGUGACCACAGAAAACAUCCUGUUGUCUCUGAAUUGUAAAGAAGAAGAUGAAGAUAUCAUGGAACACCCUUCAGAAGAAAAUCUCACUCCCUUUAAUGUACGUCCAGCAGUCCACCAUUCCGAUCCCUCAUAUACUCCCCAUAAUCAUGAGGAACCUUCUCCCGACCCAUCACAGACUGUUUUCAUGCAAAUUGGUCAGGAAGGAGAUGAAAGGUUUCAGGCAAGCUCCGAUCAUUGUACACACACAAGAAUUCACACAGGGGAGAAGCCAUACUCCUGUUCUGAAUGUGGGAAAUGCUUUACUGAGAAAUCAGGCCUCGAUCACCAUGAGAGAAGCCACACGGGAGAGAACCAGAAUUCUUGUUUUCGAUGUGGGAAAUGUUUUAAUUGGGAAACGGUUCUCGUUAAACAUCAGAGAAUUCACACAGGGGAGAAGCCACCUCCGUGUUCAGAAUGUGGGAAGUGUUUCACAGAUAAGUCAAAUCUUGUAACGCAUGAAGGAAUUCACACAGGAGAGAAGCAAUUUUCAUGUCCUCAGUGCGGGAAGUGUUUUACCAAAAAAUCCAAUCUUGUGAAACAUCAGAGAAUUCACACGGGAGAGAAGCCAUUUUCAUGUUCAGAGUGCGGGAAGUGUUUUUACCAGAAAGCACACCUUGUGACACAUGCGAGAACUCACACAGGGGUGAAGCCAUUUGCAUGUUCAGAGUGCGGGAAAUGUUUUAACCAGAAAUCACAUCUUGUUAUACACAAGAGAACUCACACGGGAGAGAAGCCAUUUUCAUGUUCACUUUGCGGGAAGUGCUUUACGGAUAAAUCGAGUCUCGUCAUACACGAGAGAAUUCACACAGGGGAAAAGCUGUUAUCGUGUUCAGUGUGUGGGAAAUUCUUUACGGGUAAAUCCAAUCUGGUUAUACAUGAGAGAACUCACACAGGAGAGAAGCCAUUUUCAUGUUCACUCUGUGGAAAGUGCUUUACGGGUAAAUCAAGUCUUGUUAAACACUUGAGAAUUCACACGGGGGAGAAGCUGUUAUCGUGUUCAGUGUGUGGGAAGCGCUGCACUAAUAAAUCAGACCUUGCCAAACACGAGAGAAUUCACACAGGGGAGAAGCCAUAUUCAUGUUCAGUGUGCGGGAAAUGCUUUACGAAUAGAUCAAGUCUUGUUAAACACGAGCGACGUCAUGCGGGGGAGAAGACAUUUUGACGUUGUGUAUGUGUAAAAUGUUUUACAAGGCAAUCACUUUUUGAAUCUCAUCGAAGAAUUCACACAGAGAAGAGACAUUGCACGGCCAAUUUGGCCUCAUUCACACUUUUGUUGUGUAGUUUGCUUCAAGAUUUGUAAGCCACAACUAGGACAACCUGGAGGAUGUGCUGAUCUUCCAGAUAUAUAGUGACCAAAAUACACAAAUGUGAACAUGGCUUUAAAGGGGUCCCCCCAGCUUUUACCACCUUUUGUGUUCUCUGUCAAGUCCCUGCUUGUAAGAUUCCGGCAUGGAUAUGGGUCACGUGUCGGGGCGCUCCAGCUAAUGGCUACAGUCACUGGCUGGAGGGGCCAGAAGAUUACACAGCGCAGUGAGCAGAGCUGUGGACGGAAGGAGUCAGAACCGAGCAGCGGGAGCAGCUCCAGAGUUAGAGGGGGAGCCAAACUGUGUUAAAAAGCUGCAGCGCCCCUUUAAGGCCAAUAAUUUGCCAAAUAUUCACAUGAACUUUAGUUCCUUGCUUAUGCGGGCAUUAAAGGGGUUAUGCCAACUGCUAGAACCAGCCCUGUACCUCAGCAUGGAUCCAGAGAGCUCGCCAUUAAUUACUCUGCUAAAUUUAUAUCAAGCUGACAGCUUAGGGGGCGAGUCCUUUCUCAGGGGACAUUUCCUUUCUGCUGCAGCUCUUGCCCUAUAAUAACUGAGAUUGGAGUGUCCUUUCUACUGCAGCUCAGGGAGGGUGUCCUUUCUGCUGCGACUCUUUUUUUUUAUCACCGUUCAGGAGGCAAGUCCUUCGUGCUGCAGCUCUUCUGCUAUAACAGCUCAGAAGGCAAUUGAAGAAUGGAACUGAGCAUGUGCGUCCACCUCAGUGAGAUGGACAGAGAAGAAAAAGAGCAAACAGCAGGUGGUGCUAUACAGAUUUCAUUUAAUGAUCAGUGAGUUAACCAAAUUUUAAAAUUACAUGCAAGUAUUCAAACCCAGAAGCUGGUUUGCAGCACAUUGCCUUGUGUAAAAAGGGAUCAGUAAUGAAACUGACAGGCGUUUGGUCACAUACAGUACUGAUGACUGCUCCUUACAAACAGUACUGAUGACUGCUCCAUACAUACAGUAUUGUACACACAGUACUGAUGACUGCUCCAUACAUACAGUACUGAUGACUGCUCCAUACAUACAGUAUUGUACACACAGUCCUGAUGACUAGAGUUGAGCGGACACCUGGAUGUUCAGGUUCGGCCGAACUUGAAAAAAAAAAUCGGGUUCGGGACCCAAACUUGACCCCGAACCCCAUUAAAGUCAAUGGGGACCCAAA